CCAAAGAUGCUUGGGGUCUUCAGCGGCGCAGUGGUGAGCCCACCGGAGGAGCUCAUCCGAGCCGGCCACCGCACCCCGACGGCGAAGAAGACCGCAGACAAGCUCCUCGAUGCCUUCCUCAAGAACAACCCAUCCUCCGUUGCCAUCAACAUCGGCAGCGCUGCACGUAUCUCCUACAACCAUCAAAACCAGUCCCUGCUACAACCAAGGUCGUUCGCUGUGAGCGACGAGAUAUUUUGCUUGUUCAAGGGGACGCUGGAGAACCUGCCGAGCCUGAAACACGAUUACGGUCUGGGGAAGAAUGCAAGCGAGGUGGUGCUGGUGAUGGAGGCGUAUCGGGCACUGCGAGACCGCGCUCCUUACCCCACAAACCUCAUGCUCGCUCACCUCGUAGGCAAUUUCGCCUUCCUCGUCUUCGACAACGUCACCUCGACGGUGUUCGCGGCAUCGGACGGAGAUGGUAAGGUGCCCUUGUUCAUGGGGAUAACCGCCGAUGGCUAUCUAGCUUUCUCCGAUGACACCGAGGAACUCAGAAGUGCAUGCGGGAAAUCAUUGGCAUCAUUUCCGCCAGGGUGUUUCCUGUCGACGUCCACUGGACUCAGGAGCUAUGAGCAUCCGAAGAACAAGGUCACUGCUUUGCCGGCGAUGGAGGAGGAGAUUUGGGGCACAACCUUCAAGGUAGCAUGGGACUGUUCGAUUUGCCACAGGAAACAAAACAAUAGGCUCUUCCUAAAUAGCAUAAGUAGAUCGAUUGAUUCAACUAAAUGGAUUGCAGGUUGAGAGACCAUAUUUACGAGCGAGAGAGAGGAGUGAGACAUGACCAUGGGAAGGGCCUCAAUGUCUCAAUGGCCAACAGAUACAUCCUCCAAACGCCAGUAAUAAAUAUGGCUACUAAGAAUUAUGUAGUGUACCUAAGAAUAAUAUAAUACCGUAAAAGAUUGAUACGUUUAGAAGAGCAGAAGCAGCUUUGACUCGACUGACGCUUCACUGUCAAAGUAGCAUUGGCACGUGAAAGUUCACUGUAUCAGCUCCCCUGUUUGACAGAGACGGAGAGCUCGACGACCAUCCAUAUACAAGGAGCACCAAAAGAUCUCAGCAGCAGCGCAGCAUUAAAGAACUCCACCACCAACCUUGGCUUGGAGACAAAGUCCGAGCUCACGAUGUGGGGAACAGAGAGCAUAACAUGCGGUACAACACCAGCCAUGCUUUUUUUCCCCCUCGGGCAUCAUCAACACAAGCAUCCACCAAGAAUGGAAGACAGCUUUGAGGGAAUAAGGACAAGCGACCAGUCUUCGAACGCACAGUUUCCAUGGCGAACGCAUUGCAAUAGCCGAACGAAAGCAAGACUAUGUUUUAGAGAAAAAGACCAACAUGCAAUGACAAGGAAAAGUCUUCUUCUUGGGGGCGGCUCUUACAGCUCCGGAAAAACCCAAGAAGUCUUCACUCACGAAACAAAAUUGAACGAAAAUCUCGAAAAACACAUCUAUCUCUUUCUUGCUGAGAUAAAUAAUGGUAGCAGUGAUGCUGGGGACUAAGCUGCAAAAUCUUCACGCUGUCAUAGAUCGAAUUCCAUCAACUGGCUGAGGGCCUCGAGGCUGGGAAAAUCAUCGCCGACGAUGUCGUCAUCAAAGACGGGGAGGCACUCGAGCGGCACGAACUCCUCGUCGAGCAGCACCGACUCGAGAAACGGGUCCGACUCGAAGGGGAACGCCGACUCCAACGAGAAGGGGGACGCCAGCUGUUGCUCCAUCAAGAGCUCCGAGAAGCACCGCUCUGCUCCUGCCGGGGCGGUCUUCUCGGGCGACACCUGGCUAUACUCCGCGAUGGCGGAUGCGGAGAUGUCGAGCACGGAUGAGGGAGAGGGGGGCGCCGCCACAGCCACGGCGUCGGAGUGCAUCGAGACACAGGAUGACGUGGAGGUGGUGGUGGAGUUGGAGGACACGUCGGCCGCGAGGAUUUUCUUCUCAGACUGAAAGCGGCGCGCAGCAGCCGCGUAAGCUGCGGCGGCUGCCUCCGCGGUGUCGUAAGUGCCGAGCCAAAUCCUGACGCCGCGGAUGGGGUCACGGAUCUCGGCCGCCCAUUUCCCCCAAGGACGCUGCCUGACCCCCUUAAACUUGACGGGGGAGGUGCCGGAAGUCGAAUUCACCGAGCCGAGUGUUAUGACCUUCGGCCUCCGGGAGUUUUUGGGUUUCCUUCCGCUGCUCUCCUCCGACGAGGCUUGCAAGAGCGACAAAGGGAAUGUGGGAAGCACCGAGAACUCGUGAAUCGCCCUCUUCUUUCGGCAGGAGUAGUUCAUCCCCUCGUCGUCGCUCGACUCCGUGGCGUCGGGAUCGUCGAAGACGACGCGGAUUCUUCUUGCGAGUAGUCUGGAUUGGAGUUUGGAAGCGGCAUCGGUUCGGUGGCGUUGCUUCUUCCCCCUCCUCCUCAGCGGCUUAUGAUGCUGUUUCCCACACAAGCGCUCACAGGGCGUCAUUUCUCCUCUCAAAAUCGAAAAAAAAAAAACGAAAAAAAAAACGAAAA